GCCAGCGUGGCCGUUGAUGGCGUGUGAUUAAGAAGAAAAAAGGAAGAGCUCAUUUCAACACAUUGGGUUUCGUCGAUUUGUUCCUCAAAUUGUCGCAUCUAAAUUAGAUUAUUUUGUCGCAUUUGAUGGAAAGCACGUAUCUUCAAUAAGUUUUUCAUCUUUGGCCCGCUGUUUUUUCGAGUGAACUGUUUGGAAAAAGGCUCAAGAAUGGUGUGUUUUAGGAGAGGCGGUGGUGGUUCUGUUUUACGUGGAAUGGCAACUGCGGUGGUUUUCGUGCUCCUUCUUGUGAAGUGUUCGGCACUUUACCUACCGGGGCUGGCACCCGUCAGUUUCUGCUCGAAGGAAAAUGAAGACAAAUAUAAAGUAUCAGGAAAGCCUUUGGAAAUUAUGUGCAAGAGUUCGAUAGCUAUGUAUGUCAACCGACUGGACUCGACAGAGAGUGUUAUUCCCUUUGAAUAUGACAAGUUCGACUUCUGCCAGCUCUCCCAGGAAGUCCGACCGGUUGAAAAUCUUGGACAAGUCGUCUUUGGUGAGCGCAUCAGCUCGUCGCCCUAUGAGUUCACCUUCAAUAAGAACCAGACAUGUGUUAAGGUCUGCGAGAAAACCUACGACCCGACCAAGAAGGAAGAACUUGAGAAGUUGAACUUUCUCAAGAAGGGGAUCAUGCUGAACUACCAGCAGCACUGGAUCAUAGACAACAUGCCUGUCACAUGGUGCUAUCCAGUGGAGGGGGGCCAGCAUUACUGUGCCCCAGGUUUCCCCAUCGGAUGUUACGUCGACAAGAAUGGUCAUCGCAAAGAUGCCUGCGUUAUUGAUGGUAGCUAUGGUCUUCCGGAUAUGUACUACUUAUUCAACCAUGUUAACUUCACCAUCACGUUUCAUCCCCUGCAAGAAAACAAGGAUGUGGCGAGAAUUGUCUCUGUCAAGAUUGAGCCUCAUAGUAUUGAUCACAAAGACACCGACCAAUGUCUCACGGGGCUGAGCGAAAAUGUGGCUUACACUCCAUUAGCGAUCCCAGACAAGGUGGAAAAGCCAAUCAAAAUCAGGUACACCUUCAACGUCAACUUUGUGCCUAACUUUGAGAUGCGCUGGGCCUCACGCUGGGACUAUAUCCUAGAGUCCAUGCCUCACACCAACAUCCAGUGGUUCAGUAUCAUGAACUCCUUGGUGAUUGUCUUGUUUCUGUCCGGUAUGGUUGCCAUGAUAAUGCUGCGCACACUUCAUAAGGAUAUCACACGCUACAACCAAAUGGACACCGAGGAGGCUCAGGAGGAGUUUGGCUGGAAGCUCGUUCACGGAGACGUCUUCCGUCCCCCGCGUAAGGGAAUGCUGCUCUCGGUUCUGCUUGGGUCGGGUUCUCAGAUGUUCUUCAUGACGUUCAUCACUCUGGUGUUUGCCUGUCUUGGGUUCCUCUCGCCAGCCAACCGUGGGUCCUUGAUGACAUGUGCUCUGGUUCUUUAUGUCUGCCUUGGAACACCGGCUGGCUUCGUCUCUGCAAGAAUGUACAAGACGUUUGGUGGUGAGAAGUGGAAGUCCAACCUGAUCCUGACCUGUGUCCUGAUCCCAGGCUUGAUCUUUACCAUCGUCUUCAUUCUGAACCUUCUCCUUUGGGCUAAGCAGAGCUCCGCAGCUAUACCCUUCACCACACUGGUAGCCCUCCUGGCAAUGUGGUUCGGAGUGUCCGUACCGCUUGUGUUCGUCGGGUCGUACUUUGGCUUCAAAAAGAGGCCCAUCGAGUUCCCAGUGCGCACAAACCAGAUCCCACGCCAGAUCCCAGAGCAGUCCUUCUACACCCGUCCGUUCCCCGGAAUCAUCAUGGGUGGGGUGCUCCCCUUCGGCUGUAUCUUCAUUCAGCUUUUCUUUAUCUUGAACAGCAUCUGGUCUCACCAGUUCUACUACAUGUUUGGCUUCUUGUUCUUCGUGGCCAUCAUCCUAGUCAUCACUUGCUCCGAAGCCACCGUUCUCCUCUGCUAUUUCCAUCUAUGUGCUGAGGAUUAUCAUUGGUGGUGGCGCUCUUUCCUGACCAGUGGUUUCACGGCAGUGUAUCUGUUCAUUUACUGCGUGCAUUACUUUGUCUCUAAGUUGACCAUUCAUGGAACUGCGAGUACCAUCCUGUACUUCGGCUACACCUCCAUUAUCGUCAUAAUGUUCUUUUUGUUCACCGGCUCGGUUGGGUUCUUUGCUUGCUUCUGGUUCGUCACCAAAAUCUACAGCGUCGUCAAGGUGGACUAAACAAACAGAUUUACAGCAUUGUCACACACUGACGGUAAAUUCCAGUUUGAAAUGCAGAAGGAUUUUGAAGACUUGAAAGUUGACAAACUUUGAAAUCCUUUGGGGUUUUUGUUUUUUCGUAUGUAGAAUUUCUGAAUUAUUUUUGUUGGAUUUGGAAAUUGUAAUUUUGUAUUAUGAAUAGUCAAACGGUGUAUAAGCUAAGGUAUUAGAGUAAAUAUUACACUUGUCUUUACCGAUAAGUCUCACGUUUUUCCCUGCUCUUUUGUCAUGCGAUCAAGUCAAAUAAUUCGUUUGUCAACCCAGGUAAUUUUUCGUUGUUAUGAUUAAUUUGAAAAGAGCUGCUUUUAUACUGUUUAAGAAUUGCGCGGUAUUAGUAAUGACCAUUUUUGCGCUUAUACACCCAAAGGGCUUCUCAAAGCGCUUCCAAUAUUAUAAACCCUGGGGUGGAUUUCACAAAGAGUUAAGACUAGUCUAAUCU